GUUUAGCAGCGCAUCAUCUGCCGAACACCACCUUAGUACCGCCAUGAAAAACCUCGUGUGAUCCGUUCCCGGUCUUCCCACACUCAAGGAACAUCAAACUAUUCCGUCUGUUCCGUUUCUUGUGGCAGUCAAAUGUACCAAUGCAGCAUUGUAUCUACAGAACUUGAUGGCAAUCCCUGAUACAUUUUGUCGCAGUCAAAACUCUACCACAUUUAAAGCUCUGUUCUACAUAACAUCUCUGUAAUUGUUGAAGGUUUCGUUCUCCCCUCAAUAACUUCACACUUUCCUCCAAGAAUCAGGACCUGGACACUACAAUGUCUGAUCCAGCUUGUACUCCAUUGCCAGUCCCAGACCUCAAUAGUACAUAUGGAGCUAUGCUGAUUGGGGUGCUCUUUGCUACAUUCUUGCAGGGUCUUCUAACACUGCAAGCAAUCAUCUAUUAUGGUUCUUAUCCCCAGGACCCCAUAUCGACAAAGCUGAUCGUUGCUACAGCUUGGUGUCUCGAUACUUUUCAUCUGGUCCUCAUUGCACAAUCGGUAUAUCACUACUUGGUCAACAAUUGGGGCUCUUUUCCUGCGUUAAUGAUCUCAACCUGGGAGCUCGACCUGAACCUCACAUUGAUUGGGCUGUCUAGCUUUGUAUGCCAGGUUUUCUUCUUGAAUAGAAUAUGGAUAUUCAGUAAGAAAAACAUUCCUCUCAUCGGAUUCUUGACAACACUGUGUGUCACUACACUUGCACUCGAUAUUGUGGUCACAGUACAGAUAACCCAGAAUCGCUCCGUUCUUGAAUUCGGGAGAAGGAAGGGGGAAAUUAUUGCUGUAUUUACUUCUGGUGCAAUAGCCGAUGUUGUAUUGGCGUCACUGCUAUGCUAUUAUAUCCGACGCAACAGGAGUGGUUUCGAGAAGACUGACUCGCUUGUUACUUCCAUUGUCAAGUAUACAAUCACAACGGGCCUUGUAACAAGCUUGUUGGGAAUAUUUACGCUCAUCGCGUACUUUGCAUCCCCCAAUGGCUUUAUAUUUAUUGCUAUGCAUUUUUCCCUGGGACGCAUGUACACCAAUGCACUUCUUGCCACACUGAACUCUCGCAAAAGGUUACGCGCUGCACUCAGAGGAACAAGCACCAAGGUACCAUCGAGGUCAAGGCAGGACAAAGCUCAAAAUAGCACUAUGUCAAUUCCUUUGUCAACUUUUGAAAUACCAACAACUCAGGGGCCCCAAAUCCAAGUUCAUAAAUCUACAGAAGUCAUACAGUCAGGUUAUUCUUACAACUUCAGGGAUUACUCGGAAGAACAAGACGAAAAUGGCAUUAGCAAGGCUCCUCAAGUGGGUGAUGUCUGAUUCACCAGAUAAGCUUAUCGAGGCUUCUCGAAGUUAUCUUAUAUGAGCAACUAGUAUAUUACAUGUACUGGAGCAAUGUCUGCACUGAAACAGCGCUCAAAGGCUCUGUUGCAGGUUCACACAAGCACAGCUGACAAUGUAGUCUUUGAAUCUUCAAUGCAAGCA